UGGGUGGAAAAUGACUGGAGGGAGCUGUUAUCCGGGGCUAAAAUUAGAUAUUAGCACCAUGAAACGCGUUUUAUUUUGUAUUUAAGUCGUCUUUUAUGUUUUUCGAACUUUGACCGUCCAGCUCUGGAGGGACUCUGUUGACAUUAAAGCAUUUGAAAGGCAUUCUAACACUUUUCUUUGCGUCGGAAGUGUCGGAACCCUACUCGCAGAUAACCGUUAGUUCUUUUCCGCAGCCAGGAUGCCGCGGGACAGCAGAACUCCUCUCAUCCAGAAAAUAGCAAAACAAGCACACAUCACCUUCAAAGGCUGGAAGCCGUCCACCAGCGGAGAUAAUAAACUAUUCGCGGAGCAACAAGGGGAACUCGUGUCUUUAGUGACCGCGGUCAGGGCGGCUGACCUGAAAAUUGCUCCCCGGAAAAGCAACUCAAGCACCGGGGCAGCGGAGCUCCAGAGCCCCCCUGUCACCUACAUGCAUAUCUGCGAGACGGAGGUGUUCAGCAUGGGGGUGUUCCUGCUGAGGAGCGGAGCCUCCAUCCCGCUGCACGACCACCCGGGCAUGAACGGGAUGCUGAAGGUCCUCUAUGGGAAGGUGAGCGUCCGCUGUUUCGACAAGCUGGAGAACAACCUGAGCGUCGGCAGCGCCCCCCCCCAGCUCGAGCCUCCGCUGGCCCUGUACCAGACGUCAUCCCUGCGGCGCUCCGUGCUCCGCUCAGUGGUGGAGCUCUCAGAAACCAGCGGGCCCUGCCUCCUCACCCCUCUGCGGGACAACCUCCACCAGAUCGACACGGUGGAGGGGCCGGCGGCUUUCCUGGACAUCCUGGCCCCUCCGUACAAUCCAGAUGACGGGCGGGACUGUCACUACUACAAAGUCCUGCAAACUGUGUCUCAGGGGGGGCCGGAGGGGAAGAGCAACGAGGAGCAGCAGGGAGAGGAGGAGGAAGAGGAGACAUGGCUGCUAGAGAUCCCUCAGCCAGAUGACUUCUGGUGUGGGGGGGAACCGUACCCAGGCCCUGCAGUCUCUUUCUGAUCUGAGGGACUGCAGAAAUAGUAUACUGAUAUUCAUCUACAAGGAGACAGAGUUUUCCACACAUUAGGGUUAUCACCUGGAACUCAAAGGGAUUGGUGCCUUGCUCGGGGGGCUAGAGGCUCAUAGAAAAAGGAUUGAACACAUAAGGACCUCCGAACCUUCCACGAGUAACCUUUCAGUCCUGAGAACUGAGUUGACACGAAGAGUUUACAUUCCUAAUAUGAUAUUUUUCUGCAGACCAUUAUGUUGCCUUCUACACACAUGAAUGUAAUUAGCCAAACGUUCUGUGAAUGAUGGGAUGUCAUUAGGGUCUCUGUUUGUGAGGCUUGGAAAGCCCUUUACAUUUUAUUUGUUCACUCUUCCACAUCGUGACGUGUCUUAACGCCAAAGCCUGUGACUACAUUGCCUUAUUUGUGAAUAUGAAUGUAUACUUUAGAGCUGUAUUUCAAUGGUAGACACUCAUUUCUUCUUCCACAAUGCACACACUUUAUAUAUGCUGUUUGAUGCGUUUAACUUAUUCCACUUACAUGAUUCCUACUCAGGCCUGGUGAGCUGAUGCAUAGUAAGCUGAUGUUCAGCUUCUUGUAUCACAUCCACAGUGAUAGGGCCUGUGUGAUGCCUCAUAUUUAAGCCUGAUGGAAGUCUUUAAACCCAGUUCAGACCAAAUGUAUAGUCUAUGAAAAUACAUUAUGUUUUUAAACUGUAGCUAUUUUAGAGAAUUUUUGCAUUUCCCUAUAUAUCAAACAAACACGUGUACACUUUCUUCACUAACUCUUACAAUAGCUUGAUAAACACUAUAUCAUUCCAGUGUGGGUGUUACUUUAUUUGACAUCUCUGCAGACAGCAGCUCAGGUCUACGAGCCACUUUAAAGUGAUGCUGUUACUCUGAUGUUCAAUGUAUGUGCAGCAAUAAAACACAUGGUAAUAAUCAUGGAACAUCA